GAAUAUCAACAAACUCGACAAGGGGAAUAUCAAAAGUUUCAAACUGUUGAUGUUCUGGUUGAGUGUCUUGAAAUGUUAUUUGGUCUUGAUAAAAUACCUGAGGAUCUUGUAGUUGUUGAAAAAAUCGAGGAUCCUGAGGAUCCUGAUUUAUUCCCGGUUGAAAAAAUUGAAGGUCCUGAUUUAUUAAUUGUUGAACAUGCCGAAGUUGAAAAGGCUGUGGAUGAAAUUGAUGCGGUUCCUGUGAUUGUCUAG